AUGACAACCACCCUCGACGCAUCCAUUAAAUUUGUAUCAAAAGCUAUCGACUCUUAUGAUUUUGAAGGAGCUCUCAAGCCAUUGACUGUGGGUAUCAGUGGCCCUCAAGGAUCAGGCAAAACCUAUUUGGCAUCAUACUUGACUCAGACUUUACAAAACAGUUACCCCAACUUGAAAUUCACCCAAUUCCUGAUUGAUGACUUUUAUCUAACACAUUCAGACCAAGAAAGAGUGACACAGCAAGCUAUAAAGGAUGAAAAUAAGCUACUUAUUGGUAGAGGUUUACCAGGAACUCAUGAUUUAAACUUACUACAAAAUGUGCUUCACCAAAUGUGUGAGAACUAUAAAAAGCAGUGGGUACCGGUAAGGCUUCCUUUCUAUGAUAAAUCUGCAUUCGGAGGCUUAGGAGACCGUCUGAGUACUGGUGCCAAUAUUCUUAAUGAACCCGCGGAUGUCGUUAUUUGUGAAGGCUGGUUCAAUGGAUUCAUGCCAUUGAAUGAGGAAUUGGUCAAUAUAAAGUAUCUAACGAGCCCAGUAGACUCAAUUCUACAACGAUAUAGACUUUACCAAAUACAGGAUAUUAACAACCAGCUUUCAAAAUAUGUCCCUAUAUGGAAAAUAUUUUCACAUUUUGUUAUAUUACAAACUGAUACAAUUGAGAAUGUUUACAAGUGGAGAAUAGAACAGGAACAUGCAUUGAUUGCUUUAAAAGGCCAAGGAAUGAGUGAUGAGCAGAUUAAAUUGUUUGUGGAUAGGUAUAUGCCAAUGUAUCUUUUAUAUUAUGAAAAACUUUGUGAUCAAGGACUUCACAACACUCAAUGUCUAGUCUUGUCUAUUGAUCUCCAUCGGAAGUUGCUAGGAUCAAGAAUUAUAGGUAUAUAG